UCAGCACAAUCCGAUUCGAGCAUCGAUACUCACCUUCAAUACAGACCCGAUAACCAGCAACGUCGCGUCCGGGGCUGGAAAGGACAAAUAGGAGGAACAAAUAUCGUGACACAAGGAGCCUCCAAUGUCGCAACUAGAUCCCAGAUGCCUUAAAUUCGGCUUUCCACAUCCUAUUAUUCUAGGUUCCCUUCUUCCCCUCUUCCACUACGGUGUACUGCUGGCGGCGCUGGGACCAGGGAGUGCUCCAUGCCGGCAUCCAUGGCGAGGCUCGAUGCGCUCCUCCAUUCUUCUGCCCGUGUGCGGCAUUCGGGGAGCGCUCCGGCCAUCGCCGUUACCCAAAGCGAGGCUUGAUGCGCUCUGUUGUCCUUCUGCGCAUGUGGAGCGUCCCUGCACGUCCGGCCGGCACAUUAAAAGAGGGCGCGCAGCAUCCCCCAGGCAGGCGUACCUCCAUUAGUGUUAUUGCACAUUUCUAUUGACGCCCGUCGCCCAGAACAUUCCAAGAGAAUAGCGGCACCAGUUCUGCUACUCCACAGCUACAAACUGGCCCCUCCUACUCCACAGCUACAAACUGGCCUCUCCUACUCCACAGCUACAAACUGGCCUCUCCUACUCCACAGCUGCAAACUGGCCUCUCCUACUCCACAGCUACAAACUGGCCUCUCCUACUCCACAGCUACAAACUGGCCUCUCCUACUCCACAGCUGCAAAAUGGCCUCUCCUACUCCACAGCUACAAACUGGCCUCUCCUACUCCACAGCUACAAACUGGCCCCUCCUACUCCACAGCUACAAACUGGCCCCUCCUACUCCACAGCUACAAACUGGCCUCUCCUACUCCACAGCUACAAACUGGCCUCUCCUACUCCACAGCUACAAACUGGCCCCUCCUACUCCACAGCUACAAACUGGCCUCUACUACUCCACAGCUGCAAAAUGGCCUCUCCUACUCCACUGCUACAAACUGGCCUCUCCUACUCCACAGCUACAAACUGGCCUCUCCUACUCCACAGCUGCAAACUGGGCUCUUCUACUCCACAGCUGCAAAAUGGCCCCUCCUACUCCACAGCUACAAACUGGCCUCUUCUACUCCACAGCUACAAACUGGCCUCUCCUACUCCACAGCUGCAAACUGGCCUCUACUACUCCACAGCUGCAAACUGGCCUCUACUACUCCAUAGCUACAAACAGGCCUCUCCUACUCCACAGCUGCAAAAUGGCCUCUCCUACUCCACAGCUACAAACUGGCCUCUCCUACUCCACAGCUACAAACUGGCCUCUCCUACUCCACAGCUGCAAAAUGGCUUCUCCUACUCCACAGCUACAAACUGGCCUCUCCUACUCCACAGCUACAAACUGGCCUCUCCUACUCCACAGCUACAAACUGGCCUCUCCUACUCCACAGCUGCAAACUGGCCUCUCCUACUCCACAGCUACAAACUGGCCUCUCCUACUCCACAGCUGCAAACUGACCUCUCCUACUCCACAGCUACAAACUGGCCUCUCCUACUCCACAGCUGCAAAAUGGCCUCUCCUACUCCACAGCUACAAACUGGCCUCUCCUACUCCACAGCUGCAAAAUGGCCUCUCCUACUCCACAGCUACAAACUGGCCUCUCCUACUCCACAGCUGCAAAAUGGCCUCUCCUACUCCACAGCUACAAACUGGCCUCUCCUACUCCACAGCUACAAACUGGCCUCUCCUACUCCACAGCUACAAACUGGCCUCUCCUACUCCACAGUUUCAAACUGAACACUAGUACACUGUGGAUUUGGACAUUCCAAAACAGAAAUCUUCUUUUGUGUGCUAUUGGUCAUUGUCUGGUUGCAUCACCCAAAGUAUCUGCAGCUUGAGGUCAUGGACUACUGCCCUUACAUUCUCCUGUAAAAUGUUUUGAUACACCUUAGAAUUCAUUAUUCCCUCAAUGAUUUCAAAGUUUUUAGAUCCGGAGGCAGCAGAGCAGCCCCAAACAAUGGUGGUCUCUCCACCAUGCCUCACAGUUGUUAUGACGUUUUAGUGUUGACGUGCAGUGCAAUUCUUCCUCCAACCAUAGAAUUGUGCUUUUGUGCUAAAAAGUUUGACUUGUGUCUCAUCUGUUCCUAGAACAUUUUCCCAGAAGCAUUGAAAACAUCCAGGUGAUCUCAGACAAUCUUCUUUGCAGUGCACUUCUAUGAGCACUAUUCUUGUAGUGAAAAACAGAGGUUUUGGAAGUUUUUAGAGUCUUCUGUAGGCAUUUUGCUGUUACCCUUGGAUUAUUUUUCACCUCUUAUUUCUCACCUCUUUCAGGAUUGCUUUUUGUGCUAUUGAUUUAACUUUAGUGGUAAUCUUAGCAGAAUGCCUGCUGAUUUUUUAAAUACUGUGUGUAGAUAACUUGUCUAACAGUGAAUUGAUGUGCACCCAGUUCAAAAGCAAUGCUUUAGUAGCCUUUUCCAGCUUCAUGCAUCUCUAUAACAUAUCUUCUGAGGUUUUCUGAAAGUUGUUUCCAUUGAGGCAUGCUUCACAGUAAUCAAUCUUUCUUGUUUUGAGCAGAUGUAUUAGUAACCGGGCUUUGUGUGCCUUUAUUUAAUCAGCGAGCACCAGUAGCAUUAAUAAUCACAUCUCCUUAAUCGAAACACCUUGUAUCAACUAGCUCUUGGAGAAGUCUUUAACACAGACUGAAGAGCCUCAUUGCAGGCUAUACAUUACAAGUGCAAUAUGAGGAUGUACUUGAAUGAAUCGGGUUUAGACACAGCAGGCCGAACCCGGUUUGCUUAUCACUAACACAGAGGUUCACAUACUUUUCCUCUCUGUACUGUGAAUGUUUACUCAA